GCCUAAGGUUUUUAUUGUUCCGAAACACUUGAAUUCUUAUCGCAUGAUGUACUCGGUGUAUGCGUAGGAGUAGGCUUUUCGAGUUUUUGUAUUGUUUCCUCUGCCUCCGCGAAAAAACAACCUUUGAAUCCACCGUCGCAUAACAGUUUUGCGUUCAUGUGACCAAAUCUGUACACAAAUACACAAACAGCGCAAGCCAGUCAGUCGGCGGGCAGCCACGCAGGGUUUGUGUUAGGGGUAACAGAUUUGUGUUACAGUGAAGAUAUCGAAAAUGAGCGGCGCCGUAAGGUCAGGUGGGACGGUUUCGAUUCCCGCCAGUGUCCGCAAAACCAUACAAAAUUUAAAGGAAAUAGCAGGGCACCACUCUGAUGAAGAGAUAUAUGCAAUGCUAAAGGAAUGUAGUAUGGAUCCCAACGAAACCGCCCAGAAGCUGCUUUAUCAAGAUCCUUUUCAUGAAGUUAAGAGGAAGCGAGACAAGCGGAAAGAGAAUGUGAGUAACAAAGAUUCAGUAGAUUCAAGGUCAAGACCAGGCGGUCAAGGACGAGGUGGAAGGGGAGGCAGAGGAAGCUAUCCUCCAAGAUAUAUCUCAUAUGAUGCAGGUAGUGGUAGGGGCUCUAACACGUCAAAGGAGAAUGGAAGCUAUCAGAGUGUUAACAAGGUUAACUUAGAGUCUGCCAACCCUCCUCCGGCAACAUCACAGAAUGCACAGACUAAGACAAAUGUUCCUUGCACAAGUUCUUUGCCUACAACCACGAUUGGGGCUUCUUUUCUACCCAAUGGGAACUCAUCAAAUGUACGCACUCCACAAGUUCAAGCUCAGGUAGGAGGUUGGAGUGCUGCUACUGGAAAUAGUACUAUGGCUGAUGUUCUGAAGUCAAAUGGUGCACAGCAAGUUCAAACUCAACUGCAAAGUGCCCCCCCUGCAACUUCUGUGAUAGUGCAAGGGCAACCGACACUCGGUUCACAACAGUAUAUUACCUCAAUGAUCUCAACAUCUGUUUCAGGGGUCUAUUCAUCCUCAUCAGAUCCUGUGCUGGUGCCGUCCCUUGAUACUCGUGUUUCCGGUGCAGUAGGAACAAUUAAGCGUGAAGUUGGAGCUCAACGACUCAAUAUUGACCAGGCCACUGGUUCCCAUGAUAACAAGUCUGCUUUGUCCAACUCGUCGAAUUCUUUGCAAAAAUCUCAAUCAAGUAUAUCUGAUGCAGUCGAUUCAGAGGCAAAGGUAUUGGCAAUUGAGAAUUCUGCAACUGUACAUUCCUUUUCUCAUGAUCGGAAUGCCAGUAAGUCUCAAACUGUCGAUGGGGAUCAUCGUUUAUCAGAAACACAACCCCAGGCAACCAAUUCUACAUCAACAGCAUCUUCUGUGAGCAGAUCUUCUGGCAUGGCUAAUCACUAUAAUGUCAGACCUCAGCAAUUUGUUGGUCCUCAGAAAGCAGUUGGACCGAAUAAGGAAUGGAAACCAAAGGCAACAAAUCAGAUUGCAAGCACUAGUCCUGGAAUAAUAGGUACAUCCACUGUGAGCACUAGUGCUUCUGAAAUCAGCAGAUCACCUUCUCCGGCAUCAAAUUGUGUGACAAUUGAAGAUACAGCCAAAUUGCAUAAAAAGUUAGAAGAGAUGCAUGUUCAAGAUGAUCAACAUGUUAUAAUGCCAAAUCAUCUUCAAGUUCCUGAAAUUGAGCAUACGGGUCUUAGUUUUGGAAGCUUUGAUGCAAGCUUUGGAGUUAAUUUUGGUACAAGUUAUCUCAAUGAUGAUGAAAGUGAGAAGAGCUCCACUCCUUUGUCUGAAGAAUCUCAAGGGACAGAAGAAGCUGUUGAGGAACCUCCAUCCAGCACAAACACUGCUUCUGUCACUCCACAUGAGAAUUAUUCUCAUCAUCCGCAAGAGUCUUCCACCACAGUGGAUGACAUUCCUUCAACUAAUGAUGUUGCAGUUCCUAUUAAUCCAACUGUGGCAUCACAAUCUGAUCCAACCAAGGUAGAGGUGGUGGGUCUGCCAGGUCCUCCUCAGUAUUCUCUUGUCCAGACUGCUCCAAACUAUCCUAAUAUUGGUCUGGUGACACCGGGAAGCCAGUACCCUUCUUAUGAACAUUCUGAGCCUCAGCUACGUGAUGCUUCACGUUUUCCGAAUUUUGUGCAACCAGCUUAUGAUCCUUCAACAAGCUUUUACACUCCAAUAGUCAGACCUAGUUCUGAUGGAGACAUUCGUUUCUCUCCAUUUCUUGGAUCUGCUACUGCUACCAAGUACAAUGGAAAUCUCACAAUUUUAUCAGGUCAAAAUGGACCAUCAUCACAAGAGAGUGGAAACUCUUUGGUACUCUCUAAUGCAGGCGCCACAGCUUUAGCAACCCAAGCAGCUGGAAUUGUGCAGCCUUCGAUAGCAUUGCCUCAGCAGACUGUGCCUGUCUUUCGUCAACCUGCUAGUGUACAUAUUCAACACUACCCUCCUAACUAUAUCCCAUACCAUCCAUAUAUGUCACAUGUGUAUGUGCCGCCCCCAACAAUGCAUAAUUUUGUAGGCAAUAGUGGUUUUGCCCAGCUUCCUGCUGGUAGUUCGUAUCCCCCAGCUGCUGCUGGUAGUUCAUAUCCUCCAGCUGGUGCUGGUGUAAAAUACUCACUGUCAUCACAGUAUAAGCCAGGGACUGCUAGUGGGAACUCUCCCCACAUUGGCGUUCCUGCAGGUUAUGGUAGCUAUACUACAGCUCCAUCAGGAUAUAGUGCAAGUCCUACCGUAACUGCAGGAAAUGUAUCAGGUAGUGAUGAUAUUGGAGGAUCUCAUUAUAAAGAAAAUAAUUUGUAUAUUGCUGGUCAGCAGGCUGAAGGAUCUGGACUAUGGUUUCCUCAACAGCCUCGAGAUCUUCUAGGGGUGCAAGCGAAUUCCUACUACAACAUGCAGCAAAUUCCUCACAGUCAACAUGUAACAUAUGCACACACCCAGGGUGGUCAUGCAGCAUUUUCUGGUUUGUAUCAUCCAACACAGUCGGGGCCUGCUCCAAAUGCCCACCCAAUGCUUCAGCAAACACAAGCAUUGGGAGCAGCUGUUGGUGCUCAGCCAGGCGUUUAUCAGCAGCCACAACGUGCUCAACUGAGUUGGCCCAAUAAUUACUGACCUAAAAGAGCUAAUUCAUUCCUGGUUUAAACUGGGUAUGUUCUAUUAAUUGCAAUUAUGCCCAGAUUUGGGAAUGUUGAUUUCAUAUUUUCAAGCGUUAUGAGUGUACAUAUAAGUGUGGAAUUCUAGGAUGAGUUUGUGAGAGAAGUGAUUAAUUCGAUAGUAUGUUUGACUGGCCAUGUUUGGGAUUCAUAUGGACAGCAAGCACCUCAACCAAACUUGUAGGCUUGCUUGGCACUGCUGUUUCAUGAUUGACUUUAAAGAAAAAAAUUAGUUGAGAGGUAAAUGUGCAGGGUACAACUACUAGUAAAAGUUUUAUGCUGUCAUUCUUGGCAGCGUGAGUCCAAAGUUAAGAACGAAUCAGUGGGUUUUGAUUCUCUUCCACAAUCUUACCCAUGUAGAAUGAAUUUUGACGUAGCUCCAAAAUCAGAUAUUGAUCAGUUGUAAUUGCUGUAAGGUAAAUUUCAUCUUAAUUCAUCAGAGAAGUUCACCUUUUGUGGUGGUGUUUUAUGCUGUAAUGUUGUUUAUCGUCUGGCAAUGUGAGAAUUUCUAUU